AUGGAGCUAUUCUCGAGUAAUGGCAGCAGUAAACGUCGUGUUAAAAGCAAAACACGCGUCCACAGUAAGCGCACGCCAUCCGCCACUCCAUCACGAAACAAAGCCGGAUCAGAUAUCACCAUACGGUCGGAUGCCGAUGUUUCCGAGUUUGAAUCUUCACCGACCGCUUGCAAGAAUCCGUCCUUGAUGACAGAUGCAUCGUCAUUCGCUUCCAUGGCUGCUCAGCCAGCAGCACAGACCACACUGCCAACGUCAACAGGGGGAGGCGAUAGUCCCGCUUUUAGUAUGCCGUUAUAUUGGGAGUCUGGAAACUCAACAGAAUCCAGCUCAUCUGGCACAAUCACCCCCAAGCGGACAGAUAGUCGCUCGCUGACUCUCGGUCAUCGAAGACUCGCCAUGGCUGCGGCUACAGAUCAUAGCAUGAAACGACCUCCCGAUCAUGAAAUUGAACGUUUGUUCGAGGAUGCUGCGAGUCGUCUACAUAUGAAGGUCGCCGAUACACAAGGACUGACGUUGGACAAAAAGUGGUGGCUCCUUUGCAAUGAAAAUCAUUUUACAAAACUGGGCUCUGUUGUGAUCAAAAAGCAGUUCAAUCAAGGCAAAUCAAGGAACAAGGAUCUCACGGACGAUGUCGCACCAAUCACGGACAAGGCAUCCCCCAGAUUUUACACAUAUGCUCUCCAAAAAUCAGCCAAAAAGGAAAUCACUCUCCGAUUCAUGUCAGAUCUAACCAUGCGAUUGAAGACCAUGCCGCUCGGAUGGAUACGUCAAUUCAUUGAGCAUCGCGGCAUGCAGUUACUGGCUGUCGAAUUGGACAAAAUCAACAAAAAACCUUCAAGAGGUGCGCAUGCAUGCCAGAUUGAACUGGAAAUUAUCAAGUGUCUCAAAUCAAUGAUGAAUAAUGUGUACGGUAUUCAAGAAGCAUUAAAUGGCCCUCAUUGCAUCGACAAUAUGAUGUUAUCUUUGUUAUCGCCCUCUAUCCCUGUGCGACACCUCGUAUCUGACACGCUGACAUUUCUCUGUUAUUGCGACAUCCCAUAUGGCCACGAUAUGGUGCUGCAGGGCAUGGACCUGCUGAAAGAAUACAGCAACGAACAUGGCCGUUUUGAUGCAUGGCUUAAAUCUUUGCAAAAGGCGCUGAAUGGAAGAGGCAAGAUGGGGUCCAAAGUCGGUGUCAGCAAAGACAUGAAGAUGAUAGGGGCCAAUGGGAAUCUGGAAGUCCAUCUCACAGAUUUACUUCUCAUCAAUGCACUCAUCGACAGCAACACUAUUGACGAUCUUCCAACCCGGAAAACCCUGCGGUCACAACUCCAUAAAAGUGGGCUGUCACAGAUACUCGACAAGAUGAAAUCUUUCCAUAAUGACCUGAUCAACCGAAAGAUCAAAGAGUAUCGUGUUGGUGAGGAAAACGAUACGAAUGACAGUGAAGAAUCGUGGGAAGUCGACACCAGCCGAUCUCCGGAGCAAACGGUUCAGAAAAUUGUCGCCGCCAUUGACGGUACGCCAUCCUAUGAAUAUCUACAGAGUAUCUUGCAGCAUCUCAUACUGAUCACACCGGAACCUGAAAAAAGGGACCGAGUAUACCAAAUUAUAGAUACCAUGACGCGGCAGGUUGUUCUGGAUAAUCGAGGCUUGCCAAACGACUUUUUCGAAACACAUGGCGUCACAGUCGACAGUCUCAUCUCCAAAUUCACCCAAGAAGAUCGGUUGGAAGAAGCUCUCCUGGAAGCCAAAGAAGCAAGGGAUGUAGCCGCCAGAGCUUUGGAACGGGAAGCAGAAUUGAGCUUCAAAGUUGAUCAAAAAGCAGAUGGUCUUGUUGGCGAACUGGAGAAAAAAAACGAAAAACUCGAACAUACAUUGCGGGUGGCCACACAAACAAACAUCAUGCUUCAACAGAAACUGAGCGAUCUAGAAGUGGAAUAUCAGCAUACGCUUGAAGCCAACGAUACACAAACCAAAAAGCUGUAUGACACCGUCAGGCAGUUGACCGAAUACGGAUCGCCUACUGGCAAGCGCCGCACUCAACGUAAACGGAGAGUCGAUGCGGAGAAUCAGCAAUCUUCUGCUCAAACAGUAGCAGGAACAACACCACCCAGAAAGGAGCAGACAAAGUAUGGUUUUCAAAGACCUACAGCCGCAACAGAAGCACAUAAAGAUGCACUGGCUGCCCAACCUGCUGGGCUAUCUGAAGUCUUUAUCCAGUCAUUACGAACCAAAUUAAGUCCACGCAUGAAUGGUUCGGUUCGAAAAACCGUUUCAUCAGAUUCCGAUACGAGCAGAAAAAGCAAACGCCAAUUAUCCGAUACCACUCACAGGAAUAGUGCCGAUGAAGCGAAAGACACAUCUACGGAGAUAACCCCUUCCACCAGUAUCACAGAGAUCCAUAACGAUCAAAGGUCGGAAACACCCGCGACAAAUACUCUUGCCGAUGCCAGUACAUCCAGUCUCCCAUCUAUCACGGGAACAGAAGACAACAAAAAUAAUGUGCAAAUGUCUUUAGCAUACUCUGAAUCGAACACCAUCGGCGAACAUGAAAAGAUAGACGCAAAGGAAUCCGUCUUGCUGGAAUUAAGUAUAUCAGAAUCACAAUGUCAAACUACACACACAUCAUCAACAUCAGCAAUAUCGUCAUCAACAUCCACUCUCGCAACCCCGCAUGUAGAUAUUUCAACAAUUUUCACAGACAUUUGCCAAGCAGCAUCUGCACCACCACCACCACCUCCACCACCACCUCCUCCGCCACCGCCACCGCCACCGCCACCACUUCCGGCUCCGGCUCCGGCUCCAUCACGCAUUUCGUCAUUUUUGCCUGCCAAAUCCUCUGGAGAAGAUCCUUAUUCCGAAACGAAGCGAGAUGAUACGGAAUGUUGCGCGCCAUCCCUGCACCCACCGCCAAUGCCGGCAAUGGUGACUCGCAAACCAAGUGCCUUCCAUGCCAAACAAAAGCUGAAGUUUGUCGAAUGGGAAAAGAUGAAUACCAUGAAUAUCGGACAAACCGUAUGGAGUCAGCUGAUGCACAGUAAGGAUACGCUACUAUCGCCCGUCCAAGAAGAGGAAGAGACUUUUGGUUCCUCUAUCGAGUAUCAGCUCGCUAAAGCUGGAGUUUUUGACGACAUUGAAAAGAAGUUUGCUCAAAAACCCGUGCUUCCACUCAAGAUUCGCUCACCAAAGGAGUCGGUCUACAUUGUGGAUGCCAAGAAAGCUUAUAAUCUAAAUAUUUUUCUCACCAGUAUUACCAAGAAGAUACCAUUCAGUGAUAUAAAGGAUCGUUUGCUGGCAAUGGAUCCUUACUUUGACGAUGAACAAAUCAUUUCCACUUUACUAAAGUUCCUUCCGAGUCCGGAAGAAUGCACGAAACUGUCCGCUUAUGUUGCAUCCGACUCCAUCUCGGAGCUGUCCGCUCCCGAUCGAUUCUCAUUUGAUCUGAUGCAAAUCAACCGGCUUACUGAACGCUUGCAAUGCAUGCUAUUUAAAACCAUUUUUUGGGAUCAGUACCAUCGUCUUCACAAGGAAAUGACGUCCAUUUUCGAUGCCUCACUAGCAUUGAAAGAUGCUAAAAAGUUCAAGGAGUUAUUGCAUCUUAUUCUCCUUAUGGGCAAUUUUCUGAAUGGAGACACCUAUCGUGGAGGCGCAUUUGAUACCAAAGGCACGACGUCGUCCACCACACUACUCCACUUCCUCGUGGAAACGGUAGAAGCAAACUUUCCUUCCAUCCUUGAUUUUCUCGAAGAAUUAGAUGAAUGUGGAGAAGCUUAUAAAGUGUCACGCUCCGAAAUGAAUAUCAGUUUUCAGCAGCUUGAAUCCGGAUUAACCCAGGUGGAAGCCGAAUUGAAGAACUAUGAGACAAUGAACGAUAAUCAGGACUCGGACGAUUUCAUUCUCGUUAUGCAAGAAUUUCAUCAGCGAGCUUCCAACGAGUUUAAACGAGUACAGUUUCUGCGAAAGAAAAUGAACGAAAGCUUUGAUGAGGUAGUCAAAUACUAUGGCGAGGAUCCAACCCAACUUCCUCCCGAUGAGUUCUUUGGCAUCUUCAAGAAAUUUAUGUCAAGUUGGCAGAAAUGUUCGAUGGAUGUACGCUUUGAACGCCAAAAACAAGAAAAGCUCGAGCAGCAAAAGCUGCGGGACAUUGAACGGAGAAGAGCUCGAAGCGGCUCCAUUCAUAAAAAAGGCGUCGAUAUCAACAAUUAUCAUAAGAGCGAUGAUGAGGAAAAGACUAUCAUGGAUAACUUGAUGGAAAAGCUGAAGCAAGGGACGAUGGAGACCAAGACUCGGCGACGCAAGGAACGCACUAGACGACAGCGAACGCUCAGUUCACGCAGCGAUUCGUUAUCCAUUCAUAACGAUUCUGUGUCAUUGAAAGCAGAAAGCAUGCUUCAAUCAAUCCAGAAUGAGAGCAGUUUUUCGCUUUUGGACGUUGUAAAAUCAAUUCAUCAAGCAGUCAGCGACGACGAAGCGCAUGAGAAAGAACGCUCGGCUCGAAAGAAGAAAUUCACUGAUGACAGAACCGUUUCCCUGCCUUCUCUUAUUGUAUCCGAUCAUUCCGUGUCGGCUCAACCACUCAAAGCGAGCAAAUCAACGCAAACUAGCCGUAUGCUGCGUACCCGACGAUCUAGCAAGCGACCACUGCUUGAACAUGCUCUCAAAGCGCGACCCCGAAGGCUUACUAUCACCAAAAAGGAAUAG